AUGCGGUGGUACACUGCCAUUGGGCAAUGCUUAACAGCCAAUCAUAUAAUACCAACUAUAAUUCUAGGUGGUUUCACAACUCCUAUCAUGAGGUUUGUGUUUUUGGUGUCUGUAGUAGUGUUGUUGCUUUCGCAUCAUCUGCGAGCGGAAGUUUAUUUCGAAGACAGAUUUAAUAAUGGCAAUAUUGAAAAGUGGGAGAAAUCGAAAGCUGAAGAGGAUAAACUUGGUCUGUGUGGAUACGCUCUGCCGAAAGAAGUUUCAGACGAAAAAGAGGAUGGUGGCAUGAAAACUACUGAGGAUGCUCGAUUUUAUCGUUAUUCUGCUAAAUUCGAUAAAACUCUGUCCAACAAGGAUAAAUCUUUCUGCGUCCAAUUCACAGUCAAGCAUGAACAGGAUAUUGACUGUGGUGGUGGUUACGUAAAACUUCUUGGGGAGUCUUUCAAACCUGAAGAGUUCCAUGGUGAUACUCCAUAUGAAAUCAUGUUUGGCCCUGAUAUUUGUGGUUAUGACAAGAAAAUCGUUCAUGUCAUCUUUUCAUACAAGGGUCAGAACCAUCUUGUGAAGAAGGAAAUUCCAUGCAAAUCAGAUACCCUUACUCAUUUGUAUACACUCAUUGUCAAACCUGAUAACACCGUUGAAGUGUUGAUUGAUAAUGACAAUGUUGAAACCCGUUCCUUGGUUUCCGAUUUCGAUAUGAUUCCGCCCAAGAUGAUUGAUGACUUAAAGGUCAAAAAACCAGAUGAUUGGGUUGAUGAAGCAGAAAUUCCGGAUCCAAAUGAUAAGAAACCUGACAACUGGGAUCAACCAAAGACCAUCGUAAAUACGUCGGCCAAAAAACCCGAUGAUUGGAAUGAUGAAACUGAUGGAGAUUGGGUUCCUCCAAUGAUCGAUAAUCCCGAAUACAAGGGAGAAUGGGAGCCUAGAAAGAUUCCUAAUCCAGCUUAUAAAGGCGUAUGGAAGCCACCGCAGAUUCCCAAUCCCGAUUAUUUCGAGGAUGAUGAAAUCUACGCUCGUAAAAUUGCCUAUAUUGGCGUUGAUCUUUGGCAAGUCAAGUCUGGAACUAUCUUCGAUAAUUUCAUUGUAUCAGAUGAUGUGAAGGAGUGUCAGGCUCAUGCCGAAUACUGGAGGAAACGAUUCGCUUUUGAGGAGGACCAGCUGAAGAAGAGUUCUACUGAAACGAAUAAGGAGUCGUCAGAGGCUGCUGAUGAAGAUUUUGAUGAUGAGACAAGUGAUGAGAAGCCGGUUAAGGAUGAACUGUAG